CAUUACUCUUUUCAUCAAAUGACAUUCAUGUAGAAUUUUCGUUUUCAUAAAUUAACAAUAGAAAACAGUUCAGCUUAUUCAAAUUAUAUAUAAAAUUACAUGAUGUCUUCCUUAAACGAUACAAAUGAUAUUUAUACUUCAAAUUCUACAGCAACCUUCAGGCCCUUUUCAUCACCAUAUCUAAAUUAUGAUCCUGGAUAUAUCCCUCAAGCUCAACCCGAAUUUAUAUUUCUGGAUGGCGCUAGCAAACAAAGAGGUAGAUUCGAACUUGCUUUCGGCCAAAUUGGUGGAUCUUGUAUGAUAGGAGCAGCUUUAGGAGGUGCCACAGGAUUUUAUGCUGGGCUAAAAGCUACAACACUAGCAGGUCAAAGUGGAAAACUUAGAAGAACUCAAUUAAUAAAUCACAUUAUGAAAAAAGGUAGUGCUACUGCCAACACAUUUGGAUCUGUUGCUGUGAUAUAUUCAGCUUUUGGAGUAUUUCUAUCUUGGACUAGAGGGACUGAUGAUGAUCUUAACACAAUUGUAGCUGCAACUGCAACUGGAUGUCUGUAUAAAUCAACAGCUGGACUUAAAAAAUGUGGAUUAGGAGGUGCUGUGGGUCUGGGAGCAUCCAUUUUAUAUGCCCUUUGGAAUAAUAGAGAUAAACUAUCAGAAUUACGGCAAUAUAAUCCAGCGCAAAGGUAGAGCAGAGUAUGGAAUUACUACAACGAAGUUCCUGAGUACCUUUUAUUUAUUCAAAAAUGUACAAAUUUUUAACACAAUUUCCACUGUCAAUAUAUUGGAUUAUGUUCUCUCUAAACUUGUAGAAAUAUAUUUUAAUAAAUUAUAUCAUUUUUCUGUAUUGGAGAACAUGUUGUGUAUCUGUUAUUGUGAAAUCAUUUAAGAACAUAAGUAUAUAAAACAAGAAUAUAUUUCAGUUUGUAAGUCUAAGACCAAAAAUCUGAGUUAGUGGAAAAAUCCUUAAAAAAGACUGCAAGGCUGUGUUACUAUUAUUUUGGUUUAUGUUCCAUUUGUGAAAUAAAAAAAAGAAGCUUGACAG